AUACCAUAACCAGAGUGUACCCUCAAAAGCUAAGUCUUUGAACAGUUAUGAUAAUUAUAUUUUUAUAUUGUCUUCAAUUUGUUUCAAUCUGUCAGUAAUCAGUAUAAAAAAAACCUUGAAAAGAAAGAUUUUCCGUAAUGGAUGACAAGCCUGAUUCAGCUCCAGAACAUUGCCCCGGUACGAAGAGCAGUAACGCUGGCAAGGCUUCAACCUGUUCCGGCUGCCCAAACCAGUCGGUAUGCUUAUCCGCUGAUGGAAAGUCGGCCGAUCCGGGCGAAGAACUGGUCAAAGCGAAGAUGUCGACGAUUCAGAAUACGAUACUCGUCCUGUCAGGGAAAGGAGGCGUUGGGAAGAGCACUUUCACAAACCUCCUCGCGAGGACGCUUGCUUCGACUGACACUGAUACAAAGGUUGCUGUUCUCGACAUCGACAUUUGUGGUCCUUCGCAACCUAGGAUGAUGGGAACAGUUGGUGAAAAAGUACACAAAAGCGGUUCAGGUUGGUGCCCUCUGUACAUUGAAGACAAUUUGAGUGUAAUGUCAGUCGGAUUUCUUCUGUCGUCCGUCGAGGACGCUGUGAUCUGGAGGGGGCCCAAGAAAAACACAAUGAUAAGGCAAUUUUUGUCUGAAGUGGAUUGGGAUGACCCGCUUCACUAUCUGAUACUUGAUACGCCACCGGGAACGUCGGAUGAACACAUCUCUUCAGCGAGGUACCUGUCCAGUGCAGGAGGCCCUGUUUUCGCCGUUGUCGUCACCACCCCUUCUGAAGUCUCACUGGCUGAUGUAAGGAGAGAAAUAUCGUUCUGCGUAAAAGUGGGCAUCAAAAUCCUAGGCGUGAUUGAAAACAUGGCUGGUUUCGUUUGUCCUAAAUGCCAGGUGAAAUCGGACAUUUUUCCAUCUGACAAUGGCGGAGGAGCUAAUAUGGCGUCGGAUAUGGGCAUCCCGUUUUUAGGUUCCAUCCCAUUGGAUCCUCUUCUGGCAAGAGCUUGUGACGAGGGACAAGAUGUUGUCAAAUCGAUGGCAGACUCGGAAACAAUAAUCGCCGCACAGAAAAUCAAAACAAGAAUCCUUGAAGAAAUCGAUAAAACAAGAAGAUUAUAAGUGAGGAAGUUAGAAGUGAGGAAUAUACUUAUAUAUUUAUAGUUGAACAAAAAAAGCUAUUUUUAUUAUGUUAA